AAGCCUACAUAUUACCGAUCUCGAAGAGAUUCCGAUCUGCUCUUCCCGAACAUCUGCUUUGUAAGGACUGAACGCUCAAAAUGGGCCCUAGUACCGAGACCCAGUCUGGGCCGCCCAGGCCCAUGGAGCUGGCUUUGUACUUUACAGGCACCAACUUGUACUUUCGUAAUCCCCAAUGGGUCACAUCAGGGAGGGCGUGGAGGGCUUUGAACUGCCUCUACAGGUGUUCUCGCAGCUCAUGAGCUCAUAGAUCUAUCUGCGCUGGAAUCGGCUGGUCGAAGCAGCACACUCGCACCAGCCAGGGGGUCGACCACCAUGACGACCCAGGGUGUUAAUGCAGGAAGUCCCUCUAACACUCUACGACGAGUACAGGAAGUCGCUGACGGUGACAACGACAGCAUAGGUGCUGGGUCGGGCUCACUCAGGACGGUGGACAUGUCGUUUCUCUCAAACGCGACCAGCUAUGUCGAUGACAGCGGCGUGGGCCAUGUCAAAGCGAACGACAGCAUGGACUGGUCAGAUAUUCUGCCCAACGACAGCACAGUGCACAUUAUCUACGAAGGGUCCGGGUCCACGGAGGAGAUUCUUAUCAUCCCUGUCAAUGACACUGCACCGAAGUCUACGGAAUCUUCAUCCAGCAGUUCUUCCGGCAGCGGUUCGAUGGCAGGAAACAGCUCCGUGGUCGACAAUCUCCCGACAGGUUCGAGCGACGAUAGCAGCUCCGGUGACAGCGUGGGAGUCAUAGGUACAGGUUCGAGUUCGACCACGCUUGUGAUCGUGGCUUCUGUUCUGGCCAUAAUCGCCAUCGCGGCAAUAUGUGCCGUGGUAAUGUAUGGCCGGAGGAAUCGGCGACGAGCGUACUCAGAAGACCCGAGCAACCAUGAUGAGCCUUUCAUCGUGGGUUCACUGCCUCAUCAGCCUGCCCCACAGCUUAGCAUGUUGGACACGGAUAUUACGCCGGACUUAUGGGUCGAAGGCCAGUACCAGUACUCGCCCAACAUGAGCGGAUUGGAGAACUCACUUAGCGGCACUGCCAUUCUAUCGGACAACAACACGACUUCGCUAGACCACCGACUCACCGUCGACGCCUACCCGUUUGGCCCCAACACAAAGCGAGGACGUCGUUAUAAUACCCCACUGGAGCCCAAUAGCCAGCGCAGUCAUCGCAACAAUGCGCCUCUAGACGAUAUUUCGGAUCGAGGUCGUUAUCGGCGAGGUACCACACCGGUUGUGCUGUACGAGGAAGACUCGAUGGAGGAGUACCAGACCAACUCAAGCAGGAAAAAUCACUCACAGCGACGAACGUCACAGCGACAUAGACCAUCUUCGCAGCAACACCGGCAUCAGAGACAUCGAGAGUCGCUUCAGCUGCAACGCAUCAGUCGUAGAGAUAAAUAUGCAACCCGACGAGACAGGAGGUAGAUUUCCAGUGUAUAAAAAACGUAUUUUGCCAUUUGCCGU